AUGAAGAUCAAGCUGGCUGGGGGCGGUGAAGUACUGUCAUCUGAUACCCCAGAGGCAUCCCGCAUUGCGUUCCUGGAUCUGUCCUCUUUACUCUGGCGGAUUGGUUACGCCAGUGGCUUGCCUAUAUUCUUUCCCCCAGUCCUUACACAUAACCAUGCGCUAAGUCCGCUUGUCGCUGCCUGGAUCUACCAUGUCCUCCGAUGCGGCGACUUUGCCAUCUCCCCCCAAAAUACCGCCGUGGAAGGACAGGCAACACCAGAUUUAUAUCCAAAGGGCAAGGCCCCUCAUAUCCCACCACGGCGACCUCGGUUCCCCAAUAUCAAAGAUCUGCAAGACCAGGCUGCUGCGUUAAACGUUGAUGAUACUACACCGCUUAGUAUUCUCUUGCCAACGGCUGCCGAUGCAAUCGAAAGGGCCAGGAACCUCGCAGAUGACAACUACAACGAUAAAGCCUACGUCCAGUACCUUCGCGCCUCUGAGAUCACUAUCAAUAUCAUCCCCCAUCACCCAGACUAUCGAACCAUCAACCAACACCCUAAUUUGUAUAAGGACUUCGCCGAUCUACUGAAGGCCGUGCGGUCCAAACAAGGCACUAUGGAUGCGAUCAAGCAGGACAUCAUCGAGGAUAAUUUGGUCAGUGGCAUGCAGCCAACUGGUAUCUUUACAUCCAGAUCUCCAGAACAAAAUUCAGUGACGCCAAGGGGCCGUGAGAAUCAAGGGUCCGGAACAAGCUUAGCUAGAAUGCCAAGUCCGACUGAGUAUCAAAGAAUGCCCGACCAGAACGCACAUUUGCAAAGAUUUUCCAGUCCUCCAGAUGAUAUGCUUGCGCAACGUUUUGCCAAACUUAAAGCAUCUCCGCCUUCCGACCAGUAUGGACCGGGAAGCCCAAUUGUAGGAUCUGCAGGGCAGACCUCACUUCGUUCAUCCAACGGAUCGCUUGGGACAUACAGCUCCCAGCCGCCACGACGUCCGUUAGGACCUCGAGACAUGGGCUCUCCAUCUAGUAUGCCGACCAUUCCACCGAAGGUUCCGCUUAACACAUCGUUACCACGUGCCCCGGACCCGGCCUAUAGCCCUGUCUUCACCGUGCCAUCAAAACCCGCAUCCAACCCACCGAGAAGUUCAGCGGAGAGCACACGCUCAGGCAAUCCAAGAUACUCACAAUUUAGCAACUCGCCACGUGUCAGUCCAACCCGGGGAGGCUUUGAUGACAAUCCGUAUAGAUCUCUGACGCCCAAUGGGUUGGAUUCGGCACGAGAGACGCGAAGCAACUCACCCGAUUUGCCGUACAACACAACUAUAACUGCACAGAGCCUGCUCGAAAAUCUGCGGAAAUUCAAUGUGCUCCUGAUCGAUGUUCGGGCUCGAGGCCAGUAUGAUAAUGGUCAUAUAUAUGCAAAAUCUAUCAUCUGUAUAGAGCCUGUGAUUCUGAAGGAGAACGUGUCGGCGGAAGAAUUAGAGGAGCGACUCGUUAUUUCACCGGACCAUGAGCAGGCGUUAUUUGAGAAACGAAAUGAGUUCGACCUUGUGGUUUACUACGAUCAAAGCGCUAAUUCCAUCAGCUAUCUCGCCGGCUCACCGGUUGGGACAUCAGCACCGCAUUUGAGGGCUCUCCAUGAUACUCUUUACGAGUUCAAUGCAUACAAGCCGUUGAAGGCCGGGCGGCCUCCAGCUCUCCUGCUUGGUGGAUUGGAUGCCUGGGUCGAUCUUUUGGGGCAACAGUCCCUUGCGACAUCCUCAACGGCUGCUGUCAUGAGUUCUCUGCAGGCCAGAAAGCCCGUGUCUAGACCUGGUCGACCCCUUGGGAGAGUACCUACCAUGGCUAGUGCGAAUUCAAGCCUUGAAAUCCGAAAGAGACGAUUGCGCGAGUUCACUCCUUUGAACUCGAAAGAGUUGUCCGAGUGGAUGGAGAAAUCUAAAGUCGAGGAGAUUGACACAAGCACCUAUGCCGAGGAAGACUCACUGACGGAGGAACCCGAGGAAACUGGACCCGAGGAGACUGGACCAGAGCCUUCAAGUCCAUUUAUUCACUCAUAUGAGGCCUUCUUGCGGCGUUUCCCUGAACCGCACGAUGUCAAACAGUCCAUGUCACACGUGGAUUACCGUCCUCCCCCUACCGUUGCUCCGAAUUAUGCUGCACACAUCUCAGUGGCCCCCUCUCGACCACCCCCUGCUGUUCCCCGUCCCAGCUAUAGCGGCGUCUCCGAUGGACGACACAUCCAACCCCAUUUGAAACGCCAGAAUUCGGCGAAUCAAACAGCCCUGUAUGUUUCAAACUCCCGCUUAGAUCGUCUCAAACUCCCGCGAACUGGCUUGACCAAUUUUGGUGUGACCUGCUACAUGAAUUCCACCAUUCAAUGCCUCAGCGCAACGAUUUCACUGAGUAGGUUCUUCAUCGAUAAUCGAUUUCGUCACUAUGUACAAAAGAAUUGGAAGGGGUCCCAGGGCGUUAUGCCGGGGCUUUAUGCGAAUCUGACCAGGUCGCUGUGGAAGAAUGAUGUCGAGGUUAUCAUGCCGACCUCAUUCCGGAACUUCUGUGGACGUUUGAAUCGAGAAUGGGCCAUCGACCGGCAGCAAGAUGCCAAAGAAUUCUUCGAUUUUGUGGUAGAUUGCCUCCACGAGGAUCUGAAUAUAAACUGGCAGCGAACGCCGCUUCGACCUUUGACGUUCUCGGAGGAGAUGCAAAGAGAGCGAAUGCCGAUGACCAAAGUUUCCCGAAUUGAAUGGGACCGGUACUGCCACCGAGAGGAGUCUUUUAUCUCAUCGUUAUUUGCAGGACAACAUGCCAGUCGUCUGCGCUGCACGACCUGCCGACAAACAUCUACUACCUACGAGGCCUUCUAUAGUAUCAGCGUUGAAAUUCCACCAAAAGGUACCGGUGAUAUCUAUCAGUGUCUCCGUAGCUACUGUCAGGAGGAAAUGCUGAGCGGUGACGAGGUCUGGAAGUGCCCACACUGUAAAUGCAAGCGAAUGGCAACGAAGCAGAUCAUCAUCACGCGAGCGCCCCAGAUUCUUGUUGUGCACUUCAAGCGCUUUUCCGCAUCCAAGACUCAAAGCGCACGAAAGAUUCACACCCCCAUCGAAUUCCCGCUUCAUGGUCUACAAAUGGACGACUUCGUGAUUGCUCAUCCUCCCCCUCCCCCUCUGGAGGCCGGCGCGCCACCCACCACGGGUGCCACAGUUCCGCCAUUUACUUAUGAUGCCUUUGCGGUGCUGCGACAUAUUGGGUCUUCGAUGGGCAGCGGACACUACAUCUCGCUAGUCCGCGAUGCGGAACGGCAGUGUUGGCGGAAAUUUGAUGAUGAGCGGGCCACAGACUUCAACCCGCGGGAUCUUCGGGCACGAGACCGGUUACAGAACGAGCAAGCGUACAUUGUGUUUUAUGAGCGAGUUCCAGCGAAAUGA